AUGGCGCCUUGGAGGAUACGUGCUACCAUGGACGAGAUUGACGUCGCUCGUAGAUAUGUCGGACAUUCGACGAUAUUCUCUGUCCGAUUACACCAUGGUGGACAGUUUACAAAGUUCCCUGGAAGAAAGUACAUCAAUGGCAAGCAAAAUUAUGUUGAUUUACUAGACAUUGACACCUUUUCCAUUCACGACAUUGACGAGAUGAUGGAGGAACUUGGGCAUAUUGAUUCAGACCAGACACUACUCUAUUAUCAUUUCCUGAGACCAUUUGGCGAUUUGGAUUUUGGGUUAUUUUGCUUUGGGUUCAGAUCAGGAUGUUCAUCAUCUGGGUACAAUGAGGAUGAUUAUGAUGGUAGUGGACACAACAAUGGCAGUGGAAGUGAUGAGUUUGAUGAUGAUAGUGAGAGUCAAGAUAGUGAUUUUUUUAUUGAUGAGGACAAUCUCAUACACGAUGUUAAUGUGGAUAUGAAAGAUUUCCAUAUGAACAUUGACAAGGAUGUAGAAUGGGUUGGAGGUUCUUCUGAAAGUAAUGUACCUGAAGAUACACAGCAAGGUGACUUAGAAGUGAUCAACACAGAGGUUUUGUUGUCUGGGUCUUCAUCAGAUGAGGCAAAUGAUGGUAAGCGAAUGAAAACUAUUAGGGCCAUACAGAGGGUUUAUGAAAAUGAUGUAGCUUUGGGCACUAUACCAAAUCUUGCUACUAAUGAAGAAGAGAAAUGCCCAUGGGUUAUCUAUUGUAGUAAGUGGAAGUGUGACAUAGAUUGGAUGGUUAAGACAUACACGAAGGAGCAUCGAUGUCUACAAACAAGGAAAGUCAAAGCAUGUGACUAUAAGUUCCUUUCAGAGCAUAUAGUACAAGUUAUUGAGACAAACCCAAAGAUUCCUAUUAGGGAUUUACGAGAGCAACUCCAACGUGAGUACCAGAUGGACAUUUCGCAUAUGAAAACUUUUAGGGCAAAGCAGCAAGCUUUUAAGCAUGUUCAAGGAAAUUAUGGCAGCCAAUACAGGUUGUUAAGGGAUUAUGUUUUAGAGGUACAAGCACGUAACCCAGAUACUACGGUUAAAAUUGAUGUUGAAAGUGAAGUGACUCCAACUGUUGAGACAAGAACAUUCAGGCGUAUCUAUGUUUGCAUUGGAGCUUUGAAGCGAGGUUUUGCAGCGGGAAGAAGGGACUUUCUUGGACUUGAUGGAGCCUUCGUGAAAGGUCCAUAUCGAGGCCAAGUUUUGUCUGCUGUGGCAUUGGAUGGUAAUAAUGGGAUAUAUCCUUUAGCCUACACUGUGGUUGAAUCAGAAACAUUGAAUUCUUGGACUUGGUUUUUAAGUAAUUUGGGUGAUGACUUAGGUUUGGGAAUAAAUUCCAAUUUCAUGUUUAUGAGUGACAGGCAAAAGGGUUUGUUGCCUGCGAUUGCAACACUAUUUCCAUGUACAAAGCAUCGCUAUUGUCUUCGUCAAAUACACGACAACAUGAAAAAGAACUGGAGGGGAAAGGUGUUCAAGGAUCUUCUUUGGGAAUGUGCCACGACCUCUAAUGUACAACACUUUCAUCAAGCAAUGGAAAAAAUAAAGAAGCUUAACAAUGAUGCUUAUGAGUGGCUGAAACAAAUACCUCCUCAAAGUUGGGCUCGCUCCCACUUUACUGGGAAAGCACAUUGUGAUGCUCUGACUAAUAACCUGUGUGAAGCAUUCAACAGCAAGAUAGAAGAUGGUCGUGAUGCACCAAUUAUUAACUGCAUUGAGUUCAUCAGAGAGUACAUUAUGAAGAAGAUAGUCAAAGUUGACAAGGAAAUUCAGAAAGUUGUAGGUCCUUUGACUCCUACAGCUACAACAAUAUUGGAUAAGAUAAAGAGUAAGGCAGAACAGUAUGUUGCAACAUUUUGUGGUGCUAGAAAAUAUCAAGUUGCUGGACCAUGGAAAGAUCAGUGUAUUGUGGAUGUAGGUCAACAAAGUUGCACGUGCAAAAGCUGGAAAGAGAUGUAUUCUUUUAAGGUUAGUCCAAUCAAUGGAAGGUCCAUGUGGGAGAAGUCAGCUAUACCAACAACUCUUUUGCCUCCAAAACAUCGUGUUCCCAUAGGAAGACCAAAGAAGAAGAGAACAAUAUCAAUUGUGGAAAAGGAGGACUUUGUUAGAGGAAACACAUCAUCGAGGGCCCAUAGAUCAGUAACGUGUACGAAUUGUAACAAUGUUGGUCACAAUGCAAGAACCUGCAAAGGGAAAAGACCAAUUGUUGGUGGGGGUGGUGGACAAUCACAAGUCAAAGGAAAAGGGAAAGGGAAGGCAACCACUUGA